AUGCACGAUCUUCGCAAGAAAGCCCUCCUCGAGAGCGGCAAGACCACAUCCAGAAAGUCCCGCUCGCGACCAGACUCCAACUUUGGCUCCCCGGCCACGUCCCCGGGCGGCUCACGACAUGGCUCGCGGACCAACUCGCGUGCCGGCAGUCGCUACGCCUCUGAGGAGGAGGGCGGCCUCAGCGACUCCGAGUUCGACGAUUCGAUGACCAUGAGCACCAACUCCGUGUCGGACGACGCCUUCGACGACGACGGCAACGCCAAGAGCGCGUGGUCCGACCGCCUGCAGACGCUCAUCUCGCAGAUCCUCGCCGGGCGCACGAGCGAUCGCAAGCGCAUCGGCGUGCAGGAUCGCGAGGAGCAGCUCAAGGCGUACCUCCACAUCGUCCGCCACUACUACAGCAAGCAGGAGAUCGGCGGCAGCAUGAGCGAUCUUGUCGAGGGGCUGAUGAAGAGCAUCAAGUCGGGCGGGAGCCCGCUGGAGCGGUCACUGGCUCUCAGGUCGCUCUGCGUGUCGAUCUUGACGAACCCCUCUGAAGGCAUCUUUGAGGGCAUCGUGCAAGGCCUCAAGGUCGUCUGUCAGGAUGAUGAGGACGAAAAUGUGAAAGCCGAUGCUGUUUAUGCAUUAUGCGUCGGCGCCAUGCACGGAGACGGCUCCACUGAGGUGGCAGAAGAUAUCCUAGAGUUUCUCAUCGAGAUCAUUGAGAGCGACGGCCAGGCAGUGGGUGCUCCUGACAGCGCAACAGUCGUGGUCGCAGCACAACUGGGCUGGGGCUUUGUGGCGAGUUACCUGGGAGAUUUGUCAGAUCAAAGCGAGCAGGCCAUGGACGCAUUCGUCGAGCAGCUCGACAGUAUUGAUGUCGGCGUACAGACGGGUGCCGGCUCAAACAUCGCCCUAUUGUUUGAGUCUGCGCGGGAGUACGAGGAGGAGACGGGUGAAACGCUGACCCUGCGGUACGAUCCUAACAAGUUGAUCCGCCAGAUGAAGGAGAUCUCCCGAGGCUCCAAGUCCAUCUCUAAGCGCGACCGUCGCCUUCUGCGCGGCGACUUCUCCAGCAUCGUCACAUCACUGGAGCUCGGCAAGGGUCCUGGCUAUUCUACCUCGGGUCGACCGACAUCAAACCCGCAUCUCGGCGGAUCAAAGGCGGAGGCCGACGAAAGCGACAUUCAGGAAUUCGGAUAUCGCGAAAAGAUCAGAGUGCAUAAUGUGUACAUGGUCAUUGACAGCUGGUCUCUCCAAGCCAAAGUGCAACUCUUCAGGAUCAUCCUAGCCGGCGGCUUUGACACACACUUCAGUCAGAACCCCCUUAUCAAGGAGUCUCUCGACGAGGCUGAGGUGGAGCGAAUCAUCAACCCAGGCGAGCUCAAGAAGGUGCUCGCAGCGGAGAGGAGCCAGGCGCUCGCGGCACGGGGCAAGCGCAGACAGGCCGGUUACUGA